GGCAGCUAAUUUUCUUUGUACCUUGGCCACAAACUCACUCCCACUCCAAUAAAAACAAGGCAUCGUGCCAUCUUAUCCACAAAAUAAAUGGACCUGAGCCCAUUGGCACAAAGAUAAUUUCUCAAAAGUAUGGCUACUGGAAAGCAAUAACCAGGAAAACUAGUAAGAAAAAGAUUUGAGAAUUUUGUACACCAGAAGCUAGCGAUUAUACAAACACUGAGUCAUGGCAGCAAUUUCCUCUUACAUGGCCUGUACAAAAUUCUCCAUGUUGGGUUGGGUUGGAGGGAAAAGAGAAGUGAGAAACAGAAGGGCAUUCUCCAUCUCAGCUGAUCAGCAGCAGCAAGCUGAAGUAAAAGAACCAGAAGAAGUGAAGGUACAAGAAGAAAAAGAACAAGAGCAGAAGAAAACGAAGCCACAAGGAACAACACCAAGGCCCGUGGAACCGCAAUUGAACGUAAAGAGCAAGAAUAUGAGCAGAGAAUAUGGAGGGCAGUGGCUGAGCAGUGUCACCCGGCACGUUAGGAUUCACGCAGCCUACAUUGAUCCUGAAACCUGGGAGUUUGAUCAAACUCAGAUGGACAAGCUUUCCCUUCUUCUCGAUCCUUCAGAUGAGUUUGUCUGGACUCCCGAGACUUGCAAUAAAGUCUUCUCUUACUUCCAAGAGCUUGUGGAUCACUACGAGGGUGCCCCUCUGACGGAGUACACGCUUCGCCUGAUAGGUUCGGACAUAGAGCACUACAUAAGGAAGCUGCUGUAUGAUGGGGAAAUCAAAUACAACAUGAACGCAAAGGUCCUCAACUUCAGCAUGGGGAAGCCACGCAUUCAAUUCAACCAAGGCCAACAACCUCCUUCAGAUGUACAAUGAUAUGAUCAGAAGAGACUAGAAUUUCUUACAACAUCGAUCCAUUUUGAAAAUUAUACAAAGCCCAUGAUAAUAAUGUCAAUGUACAACAUAAAUAUAUUGCAAAUCUUUGUUGCAUUUGAGCAAGAAUUUCGAAUUUUGUCACCACACACACACUCACACUCCUUUCUCCCUUUGCCACCUUGCUUCUUCUAACUCUCCAAUGUUAUAUUCUACAAAUUAAUCCCUUUUGGGAUAGGAUCAUACACUGUGAUGCUGCGCCAUCCCAUCAAUAUUAUUGGAGUC